AUGCUUUCCUGGGACGUUUUUGGUUGGUUUAGAGAUAUUUUGGCCUCUUUAGGUUUGUGGAACAAGCAUGGUAAAUUAUUGUUUCUUGGUUUAGAUAAUGCAGGUAAAACCACUCUUUUGCAUAUGUUGAAAAAUGAUAGAUUAGCCACUUUACAACCAACAUGGCAUCCAACUUCUGAAGAAUUAGCUAUCGGUAAUAUCAAAUUUACCACUUUUGAUUUAGGUGGUCAUAUUCAAGCCCGUCGUUUAUGGAAGGACUAUUUUCCUGAAGUUAACGGUAUCGUAUUUUUAGUCGAUGCUGCUGAUCCAGAAAGAUUUAAUGAAGCUCGUGUUGAAUUAGAUGCCCUUUUCAACAUUGCUGAAUUGAAAGACGUUCCUUUCGUUAUCUUAGGUAAUAAGAUUGAUGCACCAAACGCCGUCUCUGAAGCUGAAUUACGUUCUGCCUUAGGUUUAUUAAACACUACUGGUCCAAAUAGAGUUGAAGGUCAAAGACCAGUCGAAUUAUUCAUGUGUUCUGUGGUCAUGAGAAACGGUUACUUGGAAGCUUUCCAAUGGCUAUCUCAAUUUAUCUGA